AUGGCGACCGGUCUGAAAUGGAUCACACCGUCCGUUCUAGACGGAAUUGAAGAAGUUCCAGAAGAUGAGAGCAUUGAUAUUGCCGACACGGAGUGUGAGACAGAGUCAGAGUAUUCUGCAACAGAAUCUGACGAAGGCUUCGUGGUACCAGACGAUGAUACAAAUUCUGCAAAGGGCGAUGGCGAAUAUGAACCGCUUGACGUUGAGUUCUCUACCGACGACGAGAGUGAUGACAUCGUGAGGUAUACCGGCGCAGAGGGCUCGUUAAACAAUAUGAAGUAA